AUGUCAUCAUCGCUACCACUCGAUGCUCCCAGCGCAUCAUCCUCCACCCAUUCGCAUUCCCAUUCACCAUCGUCCGUAGCAUUCCCCAUACCCCACCCUAAUCCUCAUUCUCCCUCGAUAGACUCUCAAAAACCCUCAGCGUCGACUUCAGCCCCUACAGUUCUAUCGCCAAGGGUAUCAUCCCCUUCCAACAUCUCUACACCAACUAUCAAUGGAUCCACUUACCACGAUCCGACUAAUCUGAAAAAUGGCGGCGGUGAACAUGCAACGACGAAGACGGGAGAUAGUCUGCCGAAUUUAGGUGAUCUAGACGCGAAAUGCGGGGGGUGUCAUGAGGUUAUCGAUCAGGAGAGCGGUGGGGUCGUAGUUGCUUUUGGAUCAUCACUAUGGCACGUAGAUUGCUUCAAGUGUGCAAAGUGCAAGAACAAAGUGUCAGCGGAUACGAAUCUGCUAUUGCUAUCAGAUGGUAGUCCAGUCUGUGGCAAUUGCUCAUAUCAGUGCUUCGUGUGCAAGCAAGCCAUCACUGAAGAGGCUAUUAUGACGGGUGAUGAAUCUUAUCAUGCUCAUUGCUUCACUUGUCGAACGUGUAAGAGACGUAUAGAAGAACUGGUAUUUGCCAAGACCAGUCAGGGUAUAUAUUGCAUGGCAUGUCACAACGAGCGAGUGGCGCGAAGUCGACGCCAUGCUGAACACAAGCGACAGAAGCAAGCUAAGAAAGAAGCGAGGGAGCAAGAGAGGCGAGAGAAGGGUAUAGAUGGUAGUGAGAAGGACAAAGAAAAGAAGAAGGAUGAUGAUUACGGGAUGACUUCACCCAUUGCGCAACCAAGCGGAAAUUUCCUUCAUUCCACACCAGGUAUACCAUCUUCAAUGUCUCUUGCUCAAACUGCAAACUCUCCUCUCGCUUCUCCAUCCGCUACCCCGAACUCCUUCAACUCUGGUAAAUUCGAUACGCCCUCUAAUGGUAUUGGCACACCUAACGCCGGAGAAGCAUUUGAAGAUGCUUCUGAACGAGAGUCCUCACGCGAGAGAGAAAGGGAGAAACAGAGAGAUUUGAGUGUAGAUAGACCAAUUCAACGAUCGACUUCACCCGCCGAUCGAAGAAUCAUCGAAGCUGAGGACACUCCAUUACCCGCUUCGCCAUCUGAUCCUGCUCGUGGCGUGCCACAUAGCAGAUCUAUGGAUUCUGAACAUAGUCCUCAAGGUCGUGCUCAUCCUGGACAUGCACUCAGCCCAUCUUUAGGGUCUUCAAGAUCGCUCAACACCUCUUCUCCUGUAAAUGUACCUGUGGCAGGACCAUCGGCCAGACAACAACCUCAAAACGUUGGCUUGGGAGUAGGACCAGUAGGAUUGAACGUUCCGACUAGUAAAGCUGAUAGGAGACGAUCUAUCAACCCCGCGAUGACGUUCAAUUUGGAUCCCCAGAAUUCAACAUUUAAUGCUGAACCCAGAAUGUCACCUUUGCCGCCUUCGCCAUUGCGAGCGUCUUUUACAGACUUGCAAGCGGAGCAGCAACAGCAACAGCAAGCGCAGGGGUUACAACCUUUACGAUCACCCACGACACCUUCGCCAUCUCCCGGGAACGACAUGUUCCCAUUCAAAGAGCGACAGUUGUCUGCCGGAGGGGGUGGGAGGUCAACACCGGACCAGAACGUAUCUGGACCACCACCUAGAACAAGUUCUCUACCUGAUCAACUUGGUACUAGUAGAUCCAGGCCAUUAGCGACAAUUGAAGAUGAGGAAUCUUCAGCUUCUAGGAAGUCAAGCAUGGACAAUACUGCUUCAUCUGGACUACCAUCUAAACAACCGUCAAGCAACCAACUUUCCGAAGGAGCAUUAGCGACACCUCGAUUAAACGCACCGAACUUGCCUCCGAUGUCAUUCUCAUUAUCCGAUCCUGAUUUCGCGGUGAUCCUCAAUAACAUCGAUCAAUCGCCUAAGACAGAUACGAUAACCAAUAAUAAUAAAUCCGGAGAAUCAGUCGUGACUGUCAAAGCGGAAGAAGGGGGUAGUGGACCUUCCUCGCCAUUGUCGAUCAACGAAGGAGGAAACUCGCCUUCUCUAGCUAGGUCCCCACAUAUGGACAUGUUAUCUUCUGCUGCGGACCAACAAUCACAACUUGCUGGGACUGGUACUGCGACGACUUCUGGAUCGCUGGACGCUAUCACCUCCCGGUCGCCUUCGAGAUCGAGAUUAUCACCCAACGACCAAGUGCAGACACCGCAAAUGCUACGGAUCAGACAGCCUUCAGCUGAUAGUACGCUAUCGAUCAAUUCCAGAUAUGGUACGGGCGACGGAUCGUUCGCUACGCUAGUAGAAUUGGUAGCUGGCGCGAAACAUCGAGAGGAAGAUAAGAUCGAAGUGGACCUGACGGUGCUGUCGGGUGUGAUUCAGGAGAUAGAGGAAUUAAGGGAUACGAUAACGGGCUUGAAGAAUAAGUAUACUGGUGCUAAGCGUACAAGUCAACAAUAUUCUGAAGGUUUGACUAUAGCAGGAGAAGAGUACGAUAAAGAGCUGGCCCAUCGAAGAGAACUCGAAGCUGAAGUCUCGAGACUACGUGCUCAAGUACAUUCUCAAACUGCUCGACUGAGCGUCAUCUCAGGAGAUGAAAGAAGAGCGGAGAAUAUGAGAAGAAGAAGUAACGAUCUUGUCAAUAGCUUAACGGGACUUGAGAGGGAUAUAUCACGGUUGAGAGCUCAAAGGGAUAUGACGCUUGCUGAGGUCGAGGAGCUAAGUGCAAGAAGGGGAAGUGUCGAAUCUUCCAACGGUGAUGACGGAGCUUCGUCUCUCAGUCGAUCAUUGACUAACCGGCUUGACACCAUCAAAGAGCAAUACCGAGAAGAGCUCGAACCGCUGACAGCUCAGAGAGAAGCGCUUCAACGUGAAAUCGCUGAAUUACGAGAAACGAAAGAAUCCUUCUUAGAGGAAUCGGCAGCAUUGGCAGCGAAGAAUGAAGAAUUAGCCGAAUUGAAUGCUUCACUAUCUAGACAAGCUGAAUCUGUGCAAGAUCACUUAUCCAGAAUUAGACAACCUACCACGAUAUUCAAUAAAUCUUCUGCGAGUGGUCGAACUCAUUCAUCUGGAUCACCAUCUUUAUCUUCCUUGGCUACUUCCGCUACAUUACAGGAAGUACCUGAAGAGACGGCUAGAGUGGUCAAAGUGACUAAACCCGAGCCUAUCGAAGCUGCUCCUGCUAGAAGGUUCAAAUGGUAUAAGUCUUCCAAAGGACCUGAUUCCUCUUCUGUCUCGGCAUCGAUAUCUAAACCACUCAAUCUACCCACCUCAAACCUCAACCUCCGUAAUCCCGGUUUGGGCGUAAACAUGUCUGGACUAGGCUUAGCGAAUGGUGUCCCCGGAGGUGCCAAUGGAGGAGGAGCAGGUGGGAAUGGUUUACAGAGACCUUCGACGGAGUUUGGUCUGAGAGAUCAUAAUUUCAAUCAACAUUCCACGAUGAGGUUGACGAGGUGCGAGUUAUGUCAGGAGAAAAUGUGGGGAUUGCAGGAGGUCAAAUGUUCUUCUUGCGGCAUAGUCUGUCACUCGAAAUGUGCCGAGAAAUUACCACGAAGCUGUACGGGUAGUAGGCAUGGUACGAUUGAGAACCUCGAUGGGCCUUUACCCCCCUCAAUGUUCGGUCGUGAUCUAAUUGAACAGGUCGGAGCGGAUAAAACCCCCAUACCUGGUAUCGUGACUAAAUGUAUCAAUGCUGUUGAAGCAGUUGGCAUGGAAUAUGAAGGGAUCUAUCGAAAGACGGGAGGGUCUUCGCAAUCGAAACAGAUCACUCAGUUAUUCGAAAGAGGAGAUUACGAUGCUUUCGAUUUGACAGAUCUGGAAACGUUCAAUGAUAUUUCGAGUGUCACUUCGGUCUUGAAGACUUAUUUCAGAAGUUUACCUAAUCCUCUAUUGACUCAUGCUUUACAUGAGAGUUUCGUUGCCGCCGCUAGUAUCCGAGAUGCCAAUAACAAACAUUCAGCUCUUUGUGCGCUGUUGAAAGAACUCCCCAAAGAACAUUACAACACCUUGAAAACGUUGAUGUUGCAUCUAAACAGAGUGACAGCUCAAUCGAGUGUUAAUCUCAUGACUUCUCAGAAUCUCGGUGUGGUCUUUGGACCUACAUUGAUGAGAUCGGCCGAUCCCAAUAGGGAAUUCGGCGAUAUGGCCGGGAAAGCACUGAGCGUACAGUGGAUGGUAGACAAUGCACCUCAGGUGUUUGUUGACAGAGAUUAG